AUGGCUGGUAGCGAUUUAAGAAGAAAAGCUGUUCUGAGACAUUUGGAUUUGGUAGGGCAAUCUUCCCCAGAAGAAGAGGAAAAGGAUGCACUAGGCGAACUGCCUUCCCUGGGCAAUCAUGAACUGAAGAUACAUCAUAGACCUGUGAAUGAUGGAUAUGACAAUGAAAAUGAAGCAGUUUUAGGAUGGAAUGAUUUCUUCGAUCAUCAAGAGCGCAUUAGGGUCGAGGAGAGGAAUUUUGAGUUUAAUACGUAUUACAGCUUACCAAAAUCACUAGAGGAACCAUCAGUUCCAGUCUUUGUAUUCCAUCAUGGUGCAGGAUCAUCAGGGCUUACUUUUGCUAAUCUUUCUAAGAAGAUGGAGGAAAAGACAGAUGGAAGAUGUGCAGUUUUCGCCUUUGAUGCCAGAGGUCAUGGUCAAACAAGACCAAUUGACUCAGAGAAGGAUGUCAGUUACGCACUCAGUGAAUUUGUUAAAGAUUUCGUUACAUUGCUGGACCGUUUUUUUAAUAGUCACCUCAGCGGAUUGGCUGCAACGAGGCUGUCGAUCAUACUAGUCGGACACUCAUUAGGUGCUAGCAUAUGUACUUUUUCCCAUUCUGAGCUAACGACAGAAACCAAGAAACGAUUAGUUGGAAUUUGCAUGCUUGAUAUUGUGGAGGAAGCUGCCAUAAAGGCCCUGGAAAAGGUGCACACAUUUUUACUCUCAACACCAAAUGUCUUUGCAAAUUACGAAGAGGCUAUUGACUGGCAUGUCAGUCAUGGAUUGUCAAGGUGCAGGGAAAGUGCACAGGUAGCCAUUCCAGCACUAUUCACUGGGACCAAAUCAGGCAAGAUCAUGCGAAUAACGAACUUGAAGGAUUUCCAACCUUACUGGGACACUUGGUUCAAGGGCCUCUCACAACGGUUUGUCUCAUCACCAACAGCCAAACUGCUACUGUUAGCCGGUAAUGAAAAUCUAGACAAGGAGUUAAUAAUCGGUCAGAUGCAAGGAAUGUAUCAACUCGUUGUGUCUCAAGAUUCGGGCCAUUUUAUCCAGGAAGAUGAACCGAUCAAAACAGCAAUAACGUUAAUAGAUUUUUGGAAACGAAACGACUCACGAUCUACAGUCAUCAAAAGCAACUGGGGAAAGAGGAACUAA